AUUACGUCAAACGGCAAGGAAAACCCGUUUUACAGCUCAGUCACACGACGAACCUUAGAGUAAACGCACGCGUCCUUUAGAACCUGAAUACAACGCGUAUAUAAAAAUAGAUAUACUGCACUCACGUUCAACUAUUACAUAAAGUGGCACAUCAUCAUUUAUAACACAUCGACAACAUAUAAAAUUCAACAAAGGAAACAAGAAUUGAAACAAACUAAAAGUAAACAACAAUUAAAGGAACAUUUUUAAAGACGCAUCACAAAAUGUAAAGCAAUAAUCAGCACAAAAGCCAGCAAAAGCUUACAAUAGAAGUAGAAGAAGCAGCAUAGCUUGGCUUGGCUCUUGAAGCUUGCUGGGAGGAGAGUGCUGGGUAGGAGGAGAGGACUGGAUUGGAUUGGAUUGGAUUGGGGCAGUAGCAGCAGCAGCAGCAGCAGUAGCAGCCGCAGCGAUGCCAAGUGCCAUUAUUGGAAACUGUCGUAGUCAUAAGAUUUGCAUACUAUAGCCAUAGUAUCAUCAUGAAAAGCACCAGCGUGAUAAGCACAACAGCAACAAAAACAGCAACAACAAUCAUAGGAGAAAUAGCAACAAAAUGGUUAACAAAGGGAACGGUGACAAUAUUAACGGUAAACGAAGCGAUCCGCAUGCAUGAAAAGUGAGAGUGAGGGAGUGAGACAUAUGUACAUAUGUAUAGUACUACAUACAUACAAUACAUUCCGAUAUCGAGUGAGAGCCGAGCUUUGAGAGAGGGAGAGAAAGAGAGAGACAUGCCGCUAGCUGAGAAGAUAGGAAAUAUAUAUAUAUAUAUACAUAUAUAUAUAGCAUAGGACACAAAAUACAGGAGACAACAGCAUCGCAACAACCGCCAGAGCCACAGAACAAACAAAACGACGACAAUCAGUCAAGAUGAGUGAUGAUCAAGCCGGGGCCAAUGAUGAAAAAGCUGUUGCCAAACACCAGGUCGUUGCCUACACGCAGAGGUCGCAGGUCAAGCACGAGAACCGGCACAUCCAGCUGGUGCGGGAAUAUGGCUUCCACCCGCGCACCAAAGCCUCCGUGGAGGACGGCGAUGUGCUGCCGCGGAAGUUUGAGCCCUUUCCGGAGGAUAUGUACGGCAAGCCGCUCGAGGAGAUUGACACCUUCAUAUACGAGGAGACAUUCUGUGUGGUUUCGAAACGCUUUCGCAAGAAUUACAUCCAUCGUUUCACAGGCACCAAGAGCCUAUUCCUCUUCCAUCCAUGGAGUCCAGCGCGGCGCGUGUGCGUCUAUAUCGCAACGAACCAAUUUUUCGACUACUGCGUCAUGGCCACCAUUCUGUUCAACUGCAUUUUCCUAGCCAUGACCGAGACGGUCGAGGAGGCUGAGUACAUCUUUCUGGCGAUUUACUCCAUCGAAAUGGUGAUCAAAAUCAUUGCCAAAGGCUUUCUGCUCAACAAGUACACCUAUCUGCGCAACCCAUGGAAUUGGCUAGACUUUGUGGUCAUAACUAGUGGCUAUGCCACCAUUGGCAUGGAGGUUGGCAACCUGGCGGGGCUGCGUACCUUUCGCGUGCUGCGCGCUCUCAAGACGGUUUCCAUCAUGCCCGGACUUAAGACAAUUAUCAACGCGUUGCUUCACUCCUUCCGUCAACUGGCGGAGGUUAUGACGCUCACCAUCUUCUGUUUGAUGGUCUUUGCCCUCUUCGCCCUGCAGGUCUAUAUGGGCGAGCUGCGCAACAAGUGUGUGCGCCACGUGCCCUCCGAGUGGUCCAACGUCUCCCAUCUAGACUGGCAUAUGUGGGUCAACGACACGGACAACUGGCUAUUCGACGAUGAGGAGAUGCCCGUGCUUUGUGGAAACUUGACGGGCGCCCGUCACUGCCCAUUCGGCUAUAUGUGCAUCUGUGUCGGCGAGAAUCCCAAUCAUGGCUAUACCAACUUUGACAAUUUCAUGUGGUCAAUGCUAACGACCUUUCAGCUGAUUACAUUGGACUACUGGGAGAAUGUCUACAAUAUGGUGCUAGCAACUUGUGGUCCAAUGAGUGUCAUAUUUUUUACGGUGGUUGUGUUUUUUGGCUCAUUCUACUUGAUUAACCUGAUGCUAGCCGUUGUCGCGUUGAGUUACGAGGAGGAGGCGGAGAUAACAAACGAGGAGCGGAAAAAGGAUUUGCUGGACCAUCGGGAUGAUUCCACGUUCAGCUUUGAUCCAUCCGUGCUGAAUGUUAAGAAAUUGAACAAGAACAACAAGAAGAGGAUCGACUCCCGCAAGGGCGUCCUCCUGGCCUCGUACAGCAAGAAGAAGACGCGCCGAAAAAAGACCAAAGGCGGAAAAGAGACUAAUGGCAAUGGGAAUGGGAAUGGGAACGGCAGCAAUGGCCAUGAAAACGAUGCCAACAAAUCCCCUUCCGCCACACCCAGCCCGGGACCAAGUCCGCGACACAGUGCCACGGAGCGUCCCUCCGCCCUCACGCGUCAGGCUCAGAAGCAAUACAAGCAGAUAGAGCAGCAGCAGCAUCAUCAGCAUCUGCUGGCCAAGGUACCCGCCGCUGCUACGCCCAAGAACCGCAUUAGCUUCCAGGAGGAGCCGCAGAAGAACCCCAACAUGCUGUACCCCUCGGACAACAAGGGCCAGCUCAUCGCCAGCAGCCGUCAGACGAGCUCCAACUCAAGUGGCGUCAAUCGCGAAUCCUCGCAGGACGAUUCCGGGGUGGUCGACGAUCACGAGGAGCAGGAUCCGGCCAACGAGCUGGGCCACGUGUCCACCGUGGAGUUGGCCCUAUCCCCGCGUGAAGUGCGCCUCAUCAAGUGCAAUGGGAACAUAGCCCGCAUCAAGAAUCAUAAUGUUUAUGCCCUGCAUCAGGAGUUCUCCUCGGAGGUGGUUGUUAUCGAUGAUCUGCCCGACCGCAACUGCGAUCGCUGUGUCCACUGCUGCGCCGACUACGAGAGCUGGCUGCAGUUCCAGAACUGCCUCUACAAGGUGGUGAGGGAUCCGCUCUUCGAGCUGGCUAUCACGCUGUGCAUUGUGCUAAACACAGCCUUUCUGGCUAUGGAGCAUCACGGCAUGAGCGAGAGCUUUCGCAAUGCCCUGGAUGUGGGAAAUAAGGUUUUCACGUCCAUUUUCACCUUUGAGUGCAUUGUGAAGCUGAUGGCCUUGUCCAAGGACUUUUUUCUGUGCGGCUGGAAUAUAUUUGACCUGCUCAUUGUCACGGCCAGUUUGCUGGACAUCAUCUUCGAGCUGGUCGAUGGCCUUAGUGUCUUGAGGGGACUGCGACUGCUGCGUGUACUAAAGCUGGCCCAGUCGUGGACCACAAUGAAGGUGCUGCUGAGCAUUAUCAUAUCGACAAUUGGGGCGCUGGGUAACCUUACGCUGAUCUUGGUAAUAGUCAUCUACAUAUUUGCCGUCAUUGGCAUGCAAUUGUUCUCCAAAGACUACACGGCGGAAAAGUUUGACCCAGAUCCAGUGCCAAGAUGGAAUUUCAAUGACUUCUUUCACUCAUUCAUGAUGAUCUUCCGCAUAUUGUGCGGGGAAUGGAUCGAGCCGCUCUGGGACUGUAUGCGAGCCGAAGAAGAGCAAGGUGCCUCCACAUGCUUCGCCAUAUUUCUGCCAACUUUGGUCAUGGGAAACUUCAUGGUGCUCAACUUGUUCUUGGCCUUGUUGCUCAACAGCUUCAAUUCUGAGGAGCUCAAGUCAAAGAAAGAGAUAUUCAAGAAGAAGGAAGUGGGCGAGGAGUCUAAGCUGGCGAGGAGUAUCGAAAGGGUGCGGGAUCUGAUAAGGAAGAAGCGGCAAGAGCGUAAGGAUCGUAAAGAGCGAAAGUUUGCCGAGAAGUUCCAGCAGAUCGUGCUCGAGGCCCAGGCCCAGGCCCACGCUCAAAGUCAGGGUCAGGCACAGGGGGGAAUGGAGAUGGACAAGUCCAAUCUGUUGGCCGAGACUAAGUUCCAUAGAUUGAGCUACCAGGAAUCUAUGAAUCGGCCAGUCUCGGGUUCUGACUUUGGCUUCCAGAUCCCCUUGAGGGACGGCCUGCACACAAUUGUUGAUGGCCUCGAGUACGACGAGGCCUCGGAUGUGCCCGAGCAGAUCCAGCUACAGGAUCAGCCACUGCCACCAAUUACAGACUCGCUGCCGCCCACCUACGAGACCGCCAUCAUGUCUGCCCACAGCAACAACCUAACUCCGUUCGCCCUGGCGGAACGACGGCUGCAACACCAGAUAUCCUCGGGGGUUAGCACCCAGCAGAACGACUCCAGGGACGAGGCCACCUACACGGAGUCGAUCGAGCUGCGUCUCCUGGGCCAGUACAACUCCACGGACACGGAUCCAUAUGCCAACGACCAGCGAAGUGGCUCUUUCAACCGCGGAGACUCUUUUCAGGAUAACUCCUCGCGGCGCUACGGCAGCGAAGAGCACGACGAGGCCUACCUUAAGUACCAGAAAUCGUUGCUAACCCGCUCACCCAGCUACAGGAAGUCUCUGGACCGACUCUCACAGUCCAGCGGUCACUCGCAGCGCUCGCUGCUCAAGUCGGAGGAGGCGGAGAUGCGAAGGCACUCUAGUGGCCACUCCCUGAACUCCAUAUCGAUCGAGCAGGAAGAGCUGCUCUCGCAGCAGGGGAAUCUGCGCGAGGAGCUGCUCAAUUGCGAGCAGAAGGAGCUCUUUCAGUUCCUCCAGGAGGAUAACGAGAUGCCGAAGUCCAAUCUCAGCUACAUUUCGUCGAACCUCAUGCGGUCGCGGCGAUCCUCCAGCCAGGGACAUCAAGAGAGCGAGGCGCUGGUGGAGCACUCGGAGUUCGAUAACAUCAUCCAGAGCUUCGAGAAGGAGUUGGAGGAGAUCAAACGCUCGACUACGUCGCUGGAGCGCAAGCUCUCCACCCUCUCAGAACCCUCGCCGGCAGCCGACGAGGCCACCAAAGCGAUCAUGGAGCACAUUGCCAUUAUCACGGGAGCCUCGGAGCGCACAGCCGCCGAUGAGGUAGUGCAUCCACUCAAUCCUUAUGACAGCUACGACCUAUCCAGCGUUCCGAGACGCUCCCAGUCCGUUAGUUCCGCCGCCCAGCGGCAGUCCGUGAAGAUAAAACGCCGCAGCCUGGAGAAGCAGCGCAAGAUCGACGAGGACUUUAGCAUAUCGAAUGAAAUACGCAAAAUCUGUGAUCAAAUCCAUGCGCCUUUCGUGGCCAUGGAGGCCAUGGCAGUGGCAGCCACCAGCCAAGGUCCAGGCGCCAGCCAGUCCCCCUUCACGCGCCGCAAGAUCGACCCAUUCACGGUUCAAUUCGAUCGCUUCAAGCGGUUGUCGCUGAUCGAGCGGCUGGAGGAGCUGCCGGAGGAGGAAAAGCCAAUCUCCACGCUACGCAUCGAAUCGGAGAAGAUGCCGCGCAAGUUUCUCAACAGCGACCAGCUGCGCCUGGACAGUCUCUCGCUCAAGAGUACCAACUCCUACGAGAACCUGCUCAUCCAGAAGCAGAAGCUUGUUCUGCCAUUGUCCACUGGUGUACCCGCCACGCCACCCACCUCCUUGAAGUCGAGCAUUGAGCCACCGACACUGGCGCAAAUUUCAUCGCUAAAGGUCACGCCCACGCCCACGCCCCCGCUGGCCGCCCUCACCGAGCACCAGCAGCACUUUCAUGCUACGAGCAUCCAAACGGCCCCCUCUCAUGGUCACGGCCAAAGGCACACCCAUGGGUCUGGCCAUCGGCACGGCAAUGGCCACUCACAAGCACACCCAACGGCAGGGCAGAGGCGACGCCCCAUGGAGCAUCCACAAUCGACUUUAGACAAAGCCGCUUCCUUCCAGUCCGCGCGCACCGAGUCGCACAGCUCGGGCGCCGCCGACACCAGCUCGGCCCUGGCCCUGGCUCUCGCCCACACCCACAAGACUGAGCAAUCCGAUCAGCCGGAAAAGGCGGCACAGAAGCCGUCGGCAUUCACUCGACUGACCGAAAAACCAUGGCAUUGUUUGGUUUCCUACGUAGACGACCUCACCGUCGGUGGGAGACGUAACUCGCAGGGCGCUUACAAUGAUCCCAUGACUUUUCCGAGCUAUGGGCAGGCGAAGCCGCCGAAGGUGCCAGAUGACUGCUUCCCCCAGAAGUGCUACGAUCACUUUUACUUCCGCUGCCCUUGGUUUAUGUCCUGCAUGGACACGCCGAGCGCCAAGCAGUGGACCCGCAUUAGGACGGCUGUCUUGACGGUUGUCGAUACUCCGGCCUUUGAGUGGUUUGUGCUAGUGCUGAUCUUUGCGUCGAGUAUCACGCUUUGCUUCGAGGACAUCUACCUGGACAGCAACAAGACGCUGAAGCGCGUACUCUACUGGACCAACUUCUCCUUCUGCCUGAUCUUCGUGGUGGAAAUGAUACUCAAGUGGCUGGCGCUGGGCUUCUCCAAGUACUUCACGAGUUUCUGGACCAUACUCGAUUUUAUCAUAGUGUUUGUAUCGGUUUUCUCGCUGCUAAUUGAAGAGAAUGAGAACCUCAAGGUUCUGCGGUCAUUACGCACCCUGCGUGCCCUGAGACCCCUGAGAGCGAUCUCUCGGUGGCAAGGAAUGCGGAUUGUAGUAAACGCUCUCAUGUAUGCAAUACCAUCAAUUUUCAAUGUACUUUUGGUUUGUUUGGUUUUUUGGUUGAUCUUCUCAAUAAUGGGUGUUCAGUUCUUUGGUGGGAAGUUUUUCAAGUGCGUCAAUGAAAUGGGAGAAUUGCUGCCAAUUACUGUGAGUACACUACACACACUCCCAAUAUGGAGCAGGAGAACGAUCUACCUGUCCUGUGUGACUGUACAAACCCACCCUACUCAUAUUUCCUUCUCCAUUUAUUGCGUGCAGGAGGUGAACGACAAGUGGGACUGCAUUGAGCAGAACUACACGUGGAUCAACUCGAAGAUCACCUUCGAUCAUGUGGGCAUGGGCUACCUGGCCCUGCUACAGGUCGCAACCUUCGAGGGCUGGAUGGAGGUGAUGGCGGAUGCCGUGGACGCCCGGGGCGUGGACCUGCAGCCGCAGCGGGAGGCCAAUCUCUAUGCUUAUAUUUAUUUUGUUAUAUUUAUUGUGUGCGGAUCGUUCUUCACACUCAAUCUGUUCAUUGGAGUUAUCAUUGAUAACUUCAAUAUGCUCAAGAAGAAGUAUGAAGGAGGAGUGUUGGAAAUGUUUCUCACCGAAUCUCAAAAACACUAUUACACGGCUAUGAAAAAAUUGGGACGAAAGAAACCACAGAAAGUUAUUAAGCGACCUAUAAAUCAUUUUUUAGCUAUGUUUUAUGAUUUAUCCAAUUCGAGAAGGUUCGAGAUUGCGAUCUUUGUACUGAUUUUUCUCAACAUGCUUACCAUGGGCAUCGAGCACUACGAUCAACCGCAUGCGGUCUUCUUUAUACUGGAAGUGAGCAACGCCUUCUUCACCACGGUCUUUGGUCUGGAGGCCAUUGUCAAGAUUGUGGGACUACGCUAUCAUUACUUCACGGUCCCAUGGAACGUAUUCGACUUCCUCCUGGUGCUGGCCUCUAUCUUCGGCAUUCUAAUGGAGGACAUCAUGAUCGACCUGCCGAUCAGUCCGACACUACUGCGCGUAGUCCGAGUAUUUCGUAUAGGCCGCAUCCUGCGCCUGAUAAAGGCGGCCAAGGGCAUAAGGAAGCUGCUUUUUGCGCUGGUAGUGUCGCUGCCAGCUCUCUUCAACAUUGGUGCCUUGCUGGGACUGAUUACCUUCAUAUAUGCCAUACUGGGCAUGUCGCUCUUUGGGCACGUGAAGCUGCAGGGCGCCUUGGACGACAUGGUGAACUUCCAGACCUUCGGGCGGAGCAUGCAGCUGCUCUUUCGCCUGAUGACUUCAGCCGGAUGGAACGACGUUCUCGAGUCGCUGAUGAUCCAACCACCCGACUGCGAUCCCUUUUUCAACCGGCAGACUAAUGGCGACUGCGGCCACCCUUUGCUGGCCAUUACUUACUUUACGAGCUUCAUCAUUAUCAGCUACAUGAUUGUGAUCAACAUGUACAUUGCCAUCAUUCUGGAGAACUUCAACCAGGCGCACCAGGAAGAGGAGAUUGGGAUUGUCGAAGACGACUUAGAGAUGUUUUACAUACGCUGGUCCAAAUAUGAUCCACAUGCCACCCAGUUUAUACACUUCUCGCAACUGUCCGAUUUUAUUGCCUCUCUCGAUCCACCAUUGGGCAUCUCGAAGCCUAAUAAUGUCGCUCUAGUGUCAUUUAAUCUGCCCAUCUCUAAGGGUAAUAAAAUACACUGUCUCGAUAUUUUGCACGCGCUCGUGAAGCACGUGCUAGGUCAUGUCGAGGAGACCGAUAACUUCAAACAGUUGCAGGAACAAAUGGAUGUCAAGUUCAAGAAACAGUUUCCAACGCGCAAAGAAUUGGAAAUUGUUUCGUCGACGCGGAUCUGGAAGCGCCAGGAAAAGGCGGCCAAGACCAUACAGACCGGCUGGAAGGACUAUUUGCGGCGCAAGAAUGAAAAGGAGCGCUCCAAUUCCGGCGACAGUGCCACCCAAACCUCCAGCCCCGGCGGAUGGCAAUCGAAGCUCUCGGCUCUAAACUUUUUCCAUCUGCAGGUCAGUCGUCGGGGAACCGCCUGCUCCAGUCGUGCCUCAUCGCGGAAGUCCUCGCGUGCCUCUGAUGGCUCCGAUCUGAGUGAGCUGGCCGGGCCCUGGCUGAAUCUGCCGCUGAUGCUAGUCUCGGGGGCCGACGAUGUCGUCAAGGAUAUCAAGCAGCAAAGCGACGAUAUGGGCAAACGCGGUAGCAUAUUUGUGGAAGCGCCUAGAGCAAGUCGUCGCCGAAGCUUUUAUAAUUUCUUUUUGCGUCAUCAGGAUGCUGUCGAUGACAGCUUAACCUCACCUUCAGUACAUAGAAAAACUGCUAUAAAUCCCACGACCAACACUACCACCUCAGCCUCUGUCUCCGUCAGCGCCUCUGGUGCGGCCUCCGCCACCGCCACUGCGACAGCAGCAUCCGCCUCCGACAGCGACAGACAACAGGUGGUGGGGGGGCCGGUUAACUCACGUAAGCGCGCCUCUAGUUUCAUACGAAAGAAACCCCCCCUUGAAAGAGGUCUGUCAGCACAAAGCGCUUUAAGAGUUAACAAGAACGCUUUUGUCUCGGAGGGACCUGCCCCCGAGGUGAUCGUAACCCGGCCAUCGCCGGAUCAACAGACGCAUCCGCACAUGCAUGCCCUCGGCCUGCGGCCGGACAAUGCUACACUAGUCCAUGUGCUGGUGCACCGCGAGAGCGAAGAGUACAAGGAGGAAGACGAGGGUAGCCUCUCCUCAACGGGCAAUGGCAAUGGCAAUGGGCACGAUAAGCCCAAGCCGCCGCAGAUUCGCAUCAGCACGGGUUCGUCGGAGAGCCCCAUGGACACGUCCCUGAUGCCUACCGUGCAGAUAAUGGUGGACAGUCCCAAGGAGCCGCCACGCGGCGACUUCAGUACGGAAUUGGCUGCUACAUCCACAGCCGUAACGAUCGGUGUGGAGGUGGACCCAUCUCCCAUCGAUGUGAAUGUGCAGGGGGACACAUCGCAGGUGUUCUACGACUACAAUCCCGACAAAGCCACUGGCAACGAAAUUGUCGAGAUGGACACACUCGACGAGGAUGAGGAGCAGACAGCAGCUGAAAGGGGAAUUGAAGCUGAAGCACUUCCAGCCGAGGACCAACAGAGAUGACCUUCGGUCAACAGUCGGCAGCAGGAUUCCAGCAGCAGCAGCAGCAGUAGUAGCACCAGCAGCAGGAUCAGUGCCUGCUGCUCGUCAACAUCAACAUCCUCGGCUGUCGCUGGCCGGCGUCCAAGUUGACAACCUCCGACCUGAGCGCAAAUCCGAUGCCGAUUCCUGUGUGCAUUUGUCUCAGAACUCGUAGUUUCUUAGGCUUAGGCUUAGGCAUAGGCGGGGUCGGGGUACCCCUUUGUUAUCGUAGUCGAUUACAUAUAUAUACAUACAUAUAUAUAUAUAUAUAUAUAUAUAUAUACAUACAUACUAGUCGCUUUAUACGAUAUAUACACAUAUACAUAUACGGAACUAUCCAAAUUUAUAUACAAUAUCAAUCUACGCUGGCCAGGAGAUGGUGGAGGUGGAGAAGAAAUCAAUAUUAAACUCUGUGUUAACAAAAACGUGCAUUAAACAAACCGUACAUUGUGUACACGUAUCGCGAAUCAAAACAUAACAAAAAAAAAGAAAAGAUUCGGAAUAAGAAUCAGAAUCAUAGAAUAACUAUCACAAUCAGAAUACGAAUCGGUAUCGGAGAAAAGUGCAGAACAUAUGUCAAUAGCUUACCGGCCGUUCGGUUCCAUGUUGUAGUCAUAUCGAGGUAUUUCUUGGAUAUUUUCGAAGGUUGUUUUUGAACUAUACAAUACGAUACAAAGAGAUUGGCAUUGCAUGCAUGCUCGAGCAUUCAAUACACCCAUUUAUACAUACAUGCAUAUGUAACUAUGCAUAUGUGUAACUAUCGCGGUCAGAUCUAGGCUCAUGACAGUAGAUUUGAUUUUUUUCUCAACUAUCGAUACAUAUGAAUAUAUUUUGUACAUAUGCCAAAAGAAGUAUUUUAAACUAAUGAGCUAAUACUAUACUUAUAGAUAUACUUUACAUAGCGUCUGCCGUACGGUACCAGGUCUUAGCAUACGUACAUACAUAUGUAUUACAUUAGUUAGUGCAAAUUUAAUAAAAUAUUUAUAAAGGUUUUUCGUUACGACUACGAUACCGCAUACAAUUACCGAUUACCAAUACGAUUACGAUAGCGCUAGCGCUAGCGAUACCGAUAAGCGAUUAUUAUUCAUUACCGAUUGUUCGAAGUACAAAAGCGAAGUAUUAGUAGUUUUGAUUAUCAUGUAUUGUACAUAUGAGUAUUUGGAUAUCCACACCCUCAACUUACCCGUACAUACAUAUGUCUCUCUAUCCAUCUCUCUUCUUCAGCAUCCUUCAGUAAUAACUUAAGUCGAAGAACAAUGUCAAGUGAAUCUAAUAUUAAACCCAAUCCAAUCGGGAAAUAAUAUACUAUCCAGAAGAUAGCACUAGAAUCGAAGUCAAAUCGUAAUCGAACUAAUCCAAACCAAACCAAACCAAACCAAAUCGAAAUCAAUCAGCAAUCAGCCAGAUGAACCGCAGUCCUACCUAACGAAUAACUUUUAUUGUUGUGAACUAAUGAUUAGUUAAUUUACUAUAUGAUUUAGAGUAGCUUAAAUCGAAACCAACUUGCAACAAUUGUGGUCUCCUAUGAAACAAAAGAACAAACCAGUAAGCUUCCACAAGAACUCUAUUUUAACAUAAUGAUUUACACUUUACAAACUAUGUACGUGACAUCUUUGUACAACUUUGAUAAGGGCUUGGCCCUGGGCCAAGUUUCCAAGAAACUUGUCGUGUUUUUGUUAUAUUUUAAGUGUUGUUCUCUCGCUCUUAAGUCGUCAUUGUGAUCGCAUUAAGUUUACACAUCGAACACGAGUUUUGCGGUAUGAUUAUUAUACAUAGUACUAUACGAGGAAAACCGAAACCGAAAUACACCAGCAGCCUCCAAAGCAGUGCACACUCCACUCGACUUUACUCUACUCUUACUCUUACUCUAUUUUCGAAACCUAACAACAACAGACAAUCAGACAGCGAUUGAUAGUAAAUUGAAAUUCUAUGGUACCAACUAAAUCGUUUUCUCCAAGAACAAACAAAAUAUCGUACACACAACAAAUUAAUUGUGAUUUUAACUGCAAUUUUUACACACAAAAAACAACAAGAACAAGCAAAAUGAUACAAAAACAAAAAAAAAACCAAACUAAAAUCGUAAUUUUUAAUUAGAAAUGUUAACAGAGAUAGAUGAAAUAUGAAAAUGUGAAAAACCAAAAGAAAAAACCGACACAAAAGCAAAAGCAAAAGCAAAACAAAACCAACAACAGACAGAAACCAAACACUCGUCAAUUAAGUGAUAUUUAAUAAUGGUACAUUGCCUAACAGUUGCAAGGAUUAUAUAUUGUAUGACAUAGGAUUUACAAUAUUUAGUACUCGUAUUCGAUUGUACAUAAACGAUAAACGAUAAUGAUUAACGGUAACGAAAUAGCAAUAGAACCUCUCAUCCAAUCAUCAAAGAAAAUGAAAACCCAAACAAAGAAGCUUUAAUUUUAGUUAUCUUUCAAUAAUAAUCGCUUCAAACGAUGUUUACGAUUAGAGAGCGACGCGAGACGAGACGAGACGAGCCGAGCCGACGCAAUGAUGCAAUAUGGGAGGUUUAAUUUAGUCAUAGAGUAUAAC